AUGGCUUUUAACACCAUAUUGACCAAAAAGCUCGAAGAUUAUCACUUAAUCCUCGGAUCGACUUCACCUAGGCGACAGCAAAUACUUGCAGAAAACUUUGGAAUCACCAAUUUCACUACCGUAGCAUCCAAUUUCCCGGAAGAUCUAGACAAGAGCAAAAUGACUCCAUUGGAAUACGUACAAGUGACCAGUUGCAAAAAAGCAGAAGCAAUAUAUGAAACACACGCCAGUACCUUUCAACGGGAUACAUUGAUUCUCACUUGUGAUACUAUAGUCACUUGCAAUGGUAAGAUCUUUGAAAAGCCAAUGACACGCUCGGAACAGGCUAAAUUCUUUGAAUACUUUAGCACUCCUGAAGGCAUUGAGGUGAUUUCAGCAAUUACUGUGCUCAAAGUAAAGAACGGCAAUGUUUUCAAGUUUAAAGAUCAUGCGAUUACCAAGCUAGCAUUCAAGUCUGAUAAUGAGGACAUUAUUUGUGCUUAUAUUGACAGUGGUGAGGGGUUGGAAGUUGCCGGUGGGUUCAAAUUCCAACAGGUGGGUUGUUUAUUGUUUGACAAGAUAUCUGGUGAUUACUACAAUGUUGUUGGAUUGCCUACAAACACCUAUGCCCUUUUGAGUAGGGCGGUUGUUUAA